AUGCACUCACUGGGAGCUCUCUUUGCGGUGUUGCUGGCAUCCAACAGCAACAAUGUUGAAUUUCUAAAACAGAGAUUGCUGAUUGGAUAUGAUGCUGCAGCCGAAGCGACGAGCUUCCUGGAAGACCAAGAAUACGAAAAGGCUUCGCGGUCCUUUGCCGAUGCCCUAAACCUGGGAAGGAAGCCGGCGUUGAAGUUGCAAGAGUUGGACGACGAAGAAACCAAGCAAGAGGCAUUGCAAUGGCUGAUUGAUGUCUGCUGUGAUUCAGCCCUUCUGCAUCUUGUCCAUCUAGAGGAUUUGGAUAGUGCCCGUAAGGAUGCCUUUGCCGCUUUAGUGUUCUCACAGUACGAGCAGCUGAAGCCACUGCAGUGUAUGAUCAAGGUCUGUGAAAAGGGAGACGACCUCUUUGGGGAAUUUCAGGCUCUCCAGCGAGUGCUCCAAUUGCCAACCGAGGAAAUGGAGGAUGACGAUCAACGUAAAGCCAUUUCUGAUCGCCUAGAAGAGAUUGAAGCCCUGUUGAGCAAUAGCAAAAACGAAUAAGCUCCUGCCGUACUUAUUAAAACUGAGCAAAGCUCGUACGUUGCGCAUUGUUCACUCUCAAGUUUCCAUAUUCCAUCUCCCGGAGCUCCUGGGCUUUUCGUACCAUCGUCUGGAUCGGUUUUCAUUUAUUCUUGGAGCCUCAGGAAUGAAGGAGGUCAGAAGCUUUCCAGUGACAAGACGAAAAGGUUACAAAAUGUGGGGCCUUCGCCCUAAUAAGGGCCAGGACAAGCCAUGGAUUUUGCCUCUGGUUUUACUCUAGUACCGGUACGUCGAUUGCUCGUUGACUACCUCGGACGAAACACGGCCUCGUAGUUUUGGUCGGAAGCAUAUCAUACCAAGCGCCUCUUCUCCAGGGCAAGUCUUCUUUCUCUUCUUGGUCGUCUUGACACAUACCCGGGCCGUGGUUCAUGUUGUCCAGGAGCGGCUUCAGCGUCACCUGCUCGACUCCACGCUUUGUCCUCGCAUCAUGGAAACCUUGAAGACGCCUUCAACUGGAGGAAAUGAUACAUCCCUGCUUAGAAGCCACAGAAAAACCAACA